GGCUGCUGCAGGAGUCACACUGAUAAGAAAAGAGGAAAAGAGUGAGAUGGCUGUGGAGUGAGGGAGACUUUGUACAGUUGGGUGAAAUGGACGCACUGACGUCUCUGGAGUUGUGUGAUGUGUGAUUUGGAUCUCGGGGGAUUCUGGGGUCAGUUUGUUAUUUGCAGAGUGACCUGCACUGCUGGAGAAGUUGGAUUAGUCUCUGCUCAUGAGAGGACAGUAGAAGCUGCAGUGGAAGCCCAUUGAUCUGUUCUGUCCUCUUCACUCGGGAGCAGCCAUGGAGGUGAAGCUGAAGGAACUGCGGCAGAAGCUGGAGAAGCAGUGCCAGGUCAACCAGGAGCUGCAGAACCACAAUCAGAACCUGGAGAAGAGACUGAAGGAGAAAGAGAAGCUGCUGGAGGAUCUGCAGAGUCGGUUGUAUGAGCUGGAAGGUCCAUCUCAGAAGGGAAGUAAUGAAGUUGUUCAGGAGGUGCGGGAGAGCAGGACGGCAGUCAUGGCUCUGGAGCCAAUCCCGGAGGACCUAGACAUCCAAACCACCAAAGUCAAAAAGACUGCCAGUGAGAAAGCUCAGAUCAUGAAGGCGAUGGGGAGGAAUGACUUCCUGAGUCGUCUGGAUGAAGAACAGAUUAGCAUGAUGGUAGAGAUGCUAAUCUCUCUGGAUCGAUGCCCAGGCGAUAAGAUCAUCAAAGAGGGCACAGAGGGUGACAGCCUGUACAUUGUUGCAGCCGGUGAACUGAAGGUUACUCAGGCAGGGCGGGAUUUACGAACUUUGACCUCUGGAGAUGUUUUCGGGGAGCUGGCCAUCCUAUACAACUGUAAACGCACAGCUUCAGUCACAGCGGCCACUGCUGUCAAGUUAUGGUGCAUUGAGAGACAAACAUACAGAAGCAUAAUGACAAGCAAGUCCAAGAAGAAACGAGAACAGCUGAUGGGCUUCUUAAAGACAGCCCGAACUCUAAAAGGUCUUAAAGAUGAGCAGCUCUCCAAUAUCAUUGACUCUAUGGAGGAGGUGAGGUUUCAGGACAAUGAGGUGAUUGUGCGAGAAGGUGCUGAAGGAGAUACCUUUUAUAUUAUCCUGAAGGGAGAGGUUUUGGUAACUAAGAAAGUGAAUGGGCAGCAGAAAGUAAUUCGUAAAAUGGGCCAAGGGGAACACUUUGGAGAGUUAGCUCUUAUACGUGCGAUUUUGAGGACGGCUACCUGCACGGCUGUGGGUGACGUUACCUGUUUCUCCAUUGACAAAGAGCUUUUUGAAGAAACCAUUCCAAUAGAAAGUCUGGAGCUACAUGAUGAUUCUGAGCUGGAGAAUACUGUCACAUCAGAGAAAGAGAGGCUGGUGUCUUUUCUAAAGCUGAAGGAUCUGAUCCCUGUUCUGUAUCAGGAGGGUCGUUAUCAAGGCGAACCUGUCACGCUGGGCCUGGGGGGCUUCGGUCGAGUGGAACUGGUAACCACGCUGCUUCAUGGGAAAUACUUUGCUAAGAAGAAGGUCAGCAAGAAGCUCAUAGUGGAGAAGAGGCAGGGUCCUCAUGUAAUAUUUGAGAAGAAGAUUCUGCAGGACAUCGACUGUGACUUCAUCGUCCGGCUUCAUGCUGCCUUUAAAGACACGCGCUACAUUUACAUGGUCAUGGAGUUCUGCUCCGGUGGAGAAAUCUGGACCAAGCUGAAGGAAGUAGGUCGUUUUGAGGAGAAGAUUGCUGUGUUUGUAACAGCGUGCGUGGUUGAGGCCUUUGCGUAUCUCCACAAGAAAAAUAUCAUGUACAGAGACCUGAAGCCAGAGAACCUCAUGCUGGACUCCAAAGGAUUUGUCAAACUGGUGGAUUUUGGCUUUGCUAAGGAGCUUCGGCGAGGACAGAAGACAUAUUCGUUCUGUGGGACUCCAGAGUACAUGGCCCCGGAGAUCAUUCAGAACCAGGGCCACGAUUUUGCUGCCGACUUCUGGUCACUCGGUGUUCUCGUCUUUGAACUCCUGGUGGGCAGCCCACCUUUCUCGAGCUCAGAGCCACAGAAGAUCUAUGCCAGGAUUUUGGAUGGAGUGAUGAAGUUUCCUCCGUACAUGGGAGAGGGUGCCAGAUCACUUAUUAGCAAACUCUGCAGACCACGUCCUGGUCAGAGGUUAGGGAACACCAAAAACGGAAUUAAAGAUGUCCGUAAUCACAGGUGGUUUAACAGUAUAAACUGGCACAAGCUGCGGAUGGGACAGAUUGAGGCUCCAACAGUCAGACUCAUCAGGAAGGGUCCCUGCUACAUAAACUUUGAUCGUUUCCCGUAUGAUAAGACCCAAGCGGAGGAGGAGUUCUCUGGCUGGGAUCGAGAUUUCUGAGCCUGCUGGCAUCUUUUGGCUCUCCUACACAUACUCUUGCACAGUCAGAACUACUGUAUAGUGUUGCUGUACUUGUUCAUAAGAUAUGGCAGAUAAUCAAAGAUUCACUACACUACCCAGGUGUUACACCUUUGUCACAAAGGUUCCUUAAAAAAAUACUAUUGGCGCCCUCUGCUGGAGGGUUUUAUUAUUUUUUCAUGUUGUUUGGUAAUAUUACACUGCCUGGCCAAAAAAAAAAAAAAAUCACCACCUGGAUUUAAGUAAGUAAUUGAUGUGGGGUUGAUGCUGCAGUUGGUCUGCAGGUUUAGGUUCAGCAACAGUAUGUGCUGAAAGAAUGAGGUCAGCUGACUACCUGAAUAUACUGAAUAUAGACCAGGUUAUUCCAUUAAUGGAUUUUUUCCUCUAUGAUGGUACGGGCAUAUUCCAAGAUCACACAACACCAGGAUUCAUGGUGCUGGAAUUGUGAAAGAGUGAUUCAGGGAGCAUGAGAUCAUCAUUUUCACUCAUGGAUUGUUCACCACAGAGUCCAGACCUUAACCUCAUUGAGAAUCUUUGGGAUGACCUGGAGAGGACUUUGUGCAGUGGUCAGACUCUACCAUCAUCAAUGCUGCUGUAAGAUCUUGGUGAAAAAUUAAUGCAACACUGGAUUGAAAUAAAUUGUGUGACAUUGCAGAAGCUUGUUAAAACAAGGCCACAGCGAAUGUGUACAGCGAUCAAAGCUAAAGCCGCUCCAACCUAGUAUUAGAGUGUGUGACCUUUUUUUUUUAUGGCGAAUUUUUGUUUUUUGGCCAGGUAGUGUGCUUUACACAUGGCUGAUUUCAUUGUUUGUGAUGUAACUUAAUUGUUUACACUUUAUCUUAAUAGAAUCAUUCAUAAAGUUGUUUAUAAAUGUGUGA